AUGGGAGGUGAUAUUCAUCUUUGUUCAAUGAUUUUAGGUAAAAAUCAUUUAAUUUUUUUAUAUUUUGCAAAUUUAUUUGGUAGUACAUUAUCAUUUUUAGCAACUAUUAUUACAAUAGUAUUUUAUUUAGUUAAAAAAUAUAUUCAAAAUAAAUCAUUUAGAGAAAAUCCACACCAAUAUUGUCAUCAACACCAAUAUUUCGAUUCAUCAAAACUUAAUGAAAUUAAUAAUAGUGGAGUUGGUUCAUAUUCAUCAACUCCAAUCUCAAUUCAAAAUAAUAAUAAUAAAAAUAAUAACCUCCCAAAACAAAAAAAUAAUGAAAAACAGCCAUUAAUAAAUAAAAAUCAUAAUAACUAUUGUAAUUAUUCGACAUCAGCAACUUCAUCAUCAUCGAGUUCAUCAUCAUUUUCUUCGACCAAUAGUGGAUCAUCAUAUGAAUAUCAACAACCACAAAAAAAUCAACAAACCCUAUCAUCAUCUGAUAAAAACAAUACAAUUCCAUCAACAAAUACAAAAUAUGAAAUUGAAUUAUCAAUUCCACAAUUUAAAGGAAACAAAUGUGGGCCAAAUUGUUUACUUUUUUCAAAUAUACCACAAAUUAAAAAUGCAUUAGAACAAAAGAAAAAUCCAAAGAAAAUUGACACUUUAAUAUUUUAUCUUUCAAUAUCAGAUUUUAUUGCAGUAUCAGGAAUAAUUAUAGAACAAUUAAUAAUUAUAUUUAAUAAAGAGAUAUCAAAAUCAAUUGGAUUUUGUAUUGGUGAAAGAGUUUCAAUUCAUUUUGGAUUAUUGGCAACAUUAUUUUGGUCAAAUUGUAUUGCAUAUUAUUUAUUAAGAGAAACUUAUGAAUUGAAACCAUAUAAUAUUAGAUUUGUUUAUUUUCAUAUAGUUUGUUGGGGUAUGGCAUUGAUUGGUGUUGCAAGUUUAUUCUUUUCAAAGAUUAUAACAGUUUCAAAUAUUGAUCAAGGUGGUAGUUGGUGUUCAGUUUCAUCAUCUUAUCAAUUAUACUUUUGGGUGAUACCAUUGUUUGUUUCAUUCACUUGGAAUUUAAUAUGUUAUUGUUUAAUUUAUAGAAAGUUUAAUAAAAUAAUUGGAAUUUAUGGUAUUCAAUCAGUACAAAUAAAAACAAUCAUCAUUAGAAAACUUUCAUUCUAUUUAUUGGCAUUUUUAAUUACUUGGGUUUGGGAUGUAAUUAAUAAUUCAAUUUUCUUAUAUGAAGGAAAAUGUCCACCAUUUGCACUUUGGAUACUUCAAGAAUUUUUUUCUUCUGGUUAUGGAUUUUUUAAUUCUUUAGCAUAUGCUGUUACAACUAGAUUCUAUAGUAGAAAAUGA